AUGCGGCUUCCACCGUCCUCGCGGUACCACCGACAUGAUCUCCACUGCCCGCCAACUGCAGAAGUGUCAGGAGAUGCGGAUACACCUUUACUCAACCUUUGUGAAUCUAACGAAUUCCUUCGACUCAGUGAAUCGCGAAGUACUGUGAAAAAUAAUGCAGACAUUCGGCUGACCGGGGCGAUACACUUAGAUGGUGCGUCAGCUCAACGGGGCAUGAAGGCGCGCGUCACGGACAAUGGAUGCACCUCAGAGGCAUUCGCAGUAGCCGACGGAGUGAAGCAAGGCUGCGUCCUCGCGCAUACCCUCUUAGGUUCCAUGUUCUCUGACAUGCUAUUUAACGCCUACCGUGACGGACGCCCCGUGAUCCGAGUCGCCCACAGGACGGACGGUCAACUCUUCACUCAGCGGCGGAUGCAAUUCAUGUCGUGUGUAUCCACAAUUUUUUUAGCCGAUGAAUGCGCUCUAAACGUCACUUCCAAGGGAGACAUACAAAGAAGCAUAGAAGUCUUUGACCCCGCCUGUGAUAACUUCGGCCUAAUCAUCAACAUGGAGAAGGCGGUGGUUGUGCAUAAACCGCCACCCGACGCCGCCUGCGUCGCACUCCAAAUCAACGUAAACGGCGCCCAACUGUAA